AUGGUGAGAUUGCGCGAAAUGCGACGAGUCAGGGAAAGCAUGCCGUUGCGUGGCAAGUUUGCGAGCAGUGGCAGCGUAGACAGGUUUUCUGAACGUAGUCUCCACGGUCUUGAUACGGAGGAGCGAACUUACAGGAACAUGUGCAACGACUGUAUGGCCAGAGUGCCAUACGCGACUCUCAUAGCAACCAUAAUGUGUUGCCUGGGAGUUGGGAUAUUCUGUGGUACCAUGUACAAGGGUGCAACGUUGUCUGCUCUUAUGAUGGACCAGGUGUUCCAUCUCCAUCUCGGAUGGUUGGAAGCCGUGCAGCUGAUAUUCGCGUCGAUCGGCGCCUGCAUGGCAGCUUUGGGAUUCAUGAUCUUGUGCGUUGGUUGUCUCGCAACUGGUGCUACGAGGCACAAGGUCUAUCGUGCGUGGAGAUCCAGAGUGGGCGGACGCAUCUCCUGUGCUGUUUUCAUGACCAUCAUCUACAUACUCCAGAUAGCUUGGCUUCUGAUAUUCGCAUUCCUGAUUGUCACCACACUGAUAUUCACCAUAUUCUGGGGCCUGUGCAACAACCCGCGUGUCAUAUCUCUUGACGACUGCAUUAAUUUCACUCAGUUUGGUUUUCUGUUCCCAAACAACACUCGGCCUCAAGACCUGGAGGUGUGCGGGGCACAGGAAGUCAAGCUCUUCUGCAAGGAUUUCGUGGAGAAGGCUGAAGUGAUGUUCAUUCUGGCGACUAUAGGGGCCCUGCUGGUCAUCCUAAGUUUGAUACACUAUCUGAUGUGCUUGUCCGCCAAUUACGCGCAUAUACGGGACCACGAGAAAUUCCAGGAAUUGCAGGAGCUGCAAUACCUACAGGACGCGGCCGAUCCGGACUCUCCUCAGCCGGGAAUGGGCUCCCAUCGCGGCAAGGACAGGUUCUAGGAUACAGCCCGCGAGAUCUUCGCCAUGAAUCCCCUGUAAGGAGUCCCCCCACGGUCCACCCUCAGCCUUCCAGGACACGUGGAACGAACCUUACGCCCAAUUGGAAAUCUCUUCCGGGUACAAUAUCUUCCUCUCUCUGUACACCUGAAAUUCGGUAUUCUGCUUGUCACGGUGGUCUACUGAUACGAGGAUCUUGCGGGAACCAACUCUAUGCCGUCCAUUUUAUCUGCGACUGUCGUGUACGUAAGCGUUUAUUUUAUUUUUGAGAGAGACCUAAAGGAGAGUUUAUUAUUAGAGUACAUUCUGAUGGUUCUGAUAAAUUUCGUUUCCAAGUCUGGACCAAUUAAGUAAGUCGCAUUGAUCCGUGCUGAGUUUGAGUCACGAUCCAGGAUAAAUUGCGCGCGCGCGCGUCUCACGGUCUCACUCGUAUCCGUGAGGAUAGGUCAAAGAUACCUGGAACCUGACGUAUUCGCGUAUUCGAGACGUGCAAGAUCGAGCACGUGGGGAUCUUUUGUUUUUAUGUUCGAGUUUUAUAUCGUUGCAUUUCAUUUUGACGUACGCACGCAUGCAAAAACGUGACACGCGUCGCAUAAUAGUAUUAUGCAUGUAUUCGUGAAAUACUAGAGAUAAUUCGUCGGUCUAAUGUUUAAUUUAAGGUAUUUAAGAUCGAUCGUUCUUUCAGAAUGCGCGCACUUUCGCGAUAUCUUCAGAGAUGUUUUUACGAGAUUUCUCUUUUUUUUAUACACGUACGUUUACGCAGUAGAUGACUAGUGAAGCAUAUAUUUUCGUUACAUUCCAAAUAUGUUGAGAAGCAUGUUGGGAAAAACGGAAUCUGAUCGAACGAUAAUGCAAAGGGGGCAAUUAUUCGCUACAGUGCUCUUUUAAUUGAAAAUCGAAAUAAUUAUGAUUACACAUCGAUUAUACAAGCAUAACAGUUAUAUAUAAUUAUUAAUUAAUUGAUAAACUUUCAUCAAAUAUAUUUUCCCAGCAUACUUGCACUUGAUAUGAUUACGUUAUUUGUGCAAUCGUAAGGAAGGAGCUCACUUUUCAUAUUUACGCAAUUUUCCCUGAGAAUUAAAUGUUGCAAAAUUGUUGUAACAUUGUGCACACGUGGGAGGAUAUCUAUAUUCGUAGAUUCUUUACUAUUUGCAUACAUAUAUAUAUAUAUAUAUAUAUAUGAUAUUGACUUGUUGCGAACAGAGCAAUAUAUUUUUCCGAAGUGUAAAACAAAUUCUGCUAUUAAAUAUUGCGGACAAGUGGAAUUCUUCUAUGCACAUUUUUGUGCCAAAAACGAACUAAAACGAAACUUUUGGCUCGAAGAAAAGUCUGAUUUACAUAUAUCAUACGUCAAUGUGUUCAGAUACGAACGAAAAAAUUUCGGUACAACCGUUACUUGCUCAAAUCAUUUGACAAUGACGGCCGAUUUACGCGAGACACGCGACUGGCUGCUAAGGAACCGCACAUUAUACGAAUUUUAAAUUAAAACUACGGCCUUUCGUUUAUGAUAGCUGUAGAUUACUUUAUUAUAAUACACACCUGACGAGUACAUAUCAAAUGACAAUUUUUUGACACUUGAAUUCGUACGCAGUAUGAAGGUAUACAAUAGAAGAGGAUAGAACGGCACACAGCAUGUAUUUUUUUAUUUUAAGAAGGAAAACUGAUUUAUUGUUACGGCCUAAAGGCCGUGUUCUCGUUCGGAAAAUAUUUAAUUGCGAUGUAUAUUCUAUUAUAUAUUAAUGAAUAAAAAAAUAUUUCCCGCU